AUGGGUUCUGUUGCCAAGGAAAUUGCUUCAGAGUUGCUUCCUUUUCUCCGGGUUUACAAAGAUGGUUCGGUUCACCGGUUAAAUGGCUCCACCAAUGUCCCACCAUCGCUUCAGGACCCAGAAACUGGAGUCUCAUCCAAAGACAUUACCAUUUCUGAAAAUCCCCACAUCUCAGCUAGAGUUUACGUUCCAAAACUUACCCAAUUACCCAACCAAAAACUCCCCGUUUUGGUCUAUACUCAUGGUGGAGGCUUCUGCUUCGAAUCUGCCUUCUCUUUGGUUGAAACUAAGUUAAUGAACAGCUUAGUUUCUGAAGCCAAAGUUGUUGCAAUAUCAGUAGAGUACAGGUUAGCUCCUGAAAUUCCUAUCCCUCUUCUUUAUGAAGAUUGCUGGACUGCCCUGAAAUGGAUUGCAUCACAUUCAGCUGAUAACAGUGGCGACAAUAAGGAGCCGUGGUUGACGACUUAUGGCGACUUUGAACGAGUUUUUAUAGGCGGAGAUAAUGCAGGAGCCAACAUUACGCAUAAUAUACUGAUGCGAGCUGGGAAAGAGAGCUUGCCUGGUGGUGUAAAGAUUGUUGGAGCUUUUCUGACUCACCCAUACUUUUGGGGUUCCAAGCCCAUUGGGUCAGAGAUCGGAGGCCCGGAACGUGAGAAGCUUGUGCCUUAUGUAGUUUGGAAUUUUUUAUAUCCAACAGCGCCCGGCGGUAUCGAUAAUCCGAUGAUAAAUUUUGUUGCCCCAGAAGCGCCAAGCUUGGCUCAACUAGGUUGUUCUCGGUUGCUGGUGAGUGUUGCCCAAUUGGAUGUGCUGAGGGACAGAGGUGUUUUAUACUAUAAUGCAGUGAAGGAAAGUGGCUGGAAAGGAGAGGUGGAGCUUGUUGAAGUGGAGGGAGAAGACCAUGCCUUUCAUAUUUUGAAUUAUGAGACUGAAAAUGCUAAGAAAAUCAUCAAACGUUUGGCUUUAUUUCUUCUCAAGUAG